AUGAUCAAAGAAAAAAACUCUCAAACCCAAAUCAACUUGUGACUUCAAGACGGUCGGAUUGCGCGCUCUCGUUUGCCUUUAGUUCGUUGGUUCGUUCAGUUCGCUUCGUGCUAGAGAGAUCCCGUGCCGUGGACUUUGACGAUGGCCAGCAACACCCAGGGUAUCCAGCAGCUGCUGGCCGCGGAAAAGAAGGCCGCCGACAAGGUUGGCGAAGCCCGCAAACGCAAGGCACGUCGUCUAAAGCAGGCCAAAGAUGAAGCCACGGAGGAGAUCGAAAAGUAUCGUGGCGAGCGGGAGCGCACCUUCAAGGAAUUCGAAGCCAAACACGUCGGAUCCCGCGAAGGUGUCUCGAACAAGAUCGACGCUGACACUCGUGUCCGCAUCGAUGAAAUGAACCGUGCCCUGACAACGCACAAGGAACCGGUCAUCCAGGAUGUUCUGUCAUUCGUGUACGCCAUCAAGACGGAGGUGCACAAAAACCAACGCGACUAGGGUGCCACAGAGCAACCACCAAACCUCCCCCCAAAAACCCUGUCCACCCAUGGGUCGAGUUGAUUUUCACAGACGAACAUUCCGACGAACAAAAACCAUUCUUCGUGUGCGUUCCUAUUUUCCGAGCCAAUUCAAGCAACGCAAUCAUUUCUGCAUUGGCUCGCUAAUUAGGAACAUUCGCUGAUUUUACCACCUUUGGACUAUUUGUUUUCGCUUCCACAAACACCAAGCGCCACUUCAAACAUCAACGCGAUAAGCUGGUUGAAUGGUACGCGAGGUGAGUGUGGAACCAUUUUCUAGUGCGUAAUGUCCACCAUCGGGACGUACGACACCGACUUUUUGUUUCGUUUCAUUUCUCCCUGUCAGCCUCUAACGGUUGCUACAAGCAUUAUGUUUUAAUUCACUACGAUGUAAGAUUAUGUAAAAAGGAAACGCUUUAGGUUAUGCUUGAAUAAAGUAAGUGUUAGGAAAAAAA